UCUGACUGUACUGAUGGAAUAUGCUGAGUUGGCGAUUUAUGGUCCCACCAAGCCGAUGUGGAUUAAAAAAAAAAUAUAUAAAAAAUCAUUAUUUAUCUAAUAAUUUAGUUUAAAAACAAAAAAAAAAAUUGCAACCUUAUACCCACCGCCCAUCUUUCUCCCAUCUUCCUCCUACUGGACAUCUUCCCCAAUUCAAACCCAGAUCCUCCUCUGUUCUCACCUUCCUCACAGUGACGACAAAUCUAAAUCCAGAUCCAAAUACUCUACAACCUCGAUUUCCAAUUCCUUCGGCACUGAUGACAGCUACCACAGUAAGACCCAACCCUCUCCGCCGCCUACGAGUUAUUCCUCGCCUCACCUGCACUUCCUCCACCAAGCCCCUCUCCACCGUCGCCGCCGCCACUGACCCACAUAACCACCACCAUUUGCCUCACUCCCCCAGCUCCAACUCCAACUCAUCUCCGUCACUGCAGCUCUCGCUCACUUCCGCCGCGGCCAACAAGAUGAAGAAAGCUCUCGGAUUGAAAUCCCCCGGGUCCGGGUCCAAGAAGAGCCCCGGGUCCGGGUCUAGCUCUAGUCAGGGAAAGUCGAAGAAGCCAUUGACGGUCGGCGAGCUGAUGAGGAUUCAAAUGCGGGUGUCGGAGGCCGACGAUUCGAGGGUUCGGAGAGCUCUUCUGUGGAUUUCUGCUGUUCAGGUCAGCUUUUUGUUUUUCAAUUGCGGGGUAGAUCUAUGUUUGACUUGAGUUCUCGCUUCAAUUUUUCUCCAUUUCUGGAUUCUGAAUUGGGCACCGUCGUCAUGGCAAUGCGAAUUGGACAGGUUGGCCGGCGAAUCGAGCGGUGGUGCUACCGUUGGAGAGGUGGUUGGGAGAGGAGAGGGAAAGAGGAGGAAGAGGAAGCGAAGAGAGAGAUGAUUGGAGGAGGAGAGGGAAAGGGAUUUGGGCAGAAGAUUGUUGCGGGGGAGGAGAGCUAGAAUUUUUUUUUAAUAUAAUUUCAAAAUUAAUUAUUAUUGUAAUUUAAAAUGACAUGGGAAUGAUUUGAUGACUGGUUGCUAACGUGUCUGACGAUUUGGCAUCCUAGUCAGCCUAACGUUAAUCUAACUAACGGAGUUUCUAACACCGUUAGAGUUUCUAACGGAUUUGGCUAGAUUUGUCACACUACCCUCAAUUUUUUGGGCUAUUUUUGGUUUUCGAAUAGUUAUGGCUAUAUUUGUCACAAACGUGAAAGUUAUGGCCAUACAAGUGUAUUUUGCCUAAAAAAAAUGUACACUUAAAGUUAGGGUUGGCUAUUUGGUCCGGUUUUUUGGUUUUACCCGAAAUCAGACUGUAUAACCCGGACCGAGACCGGACCGGGACCGGAUAGUAAACAAUCCAAUCCAAUCUUUGGGCUUAGAUUUGAGGUAAAAAACCGUUUGGGACCGGAUCGAAAACUGGAUAAAGACCGGAUAAGAGAGCUCAACACCCAAAAUUUAAGGGUAAUUUGCAUAAACGGUCACAAACCUUUGCACUUAGGACAAAACUUAACCAACUCCUCACCCUUUCAGGCCCUAGGCCACUCAAAUCACCACAAACUCAAUAUAAAAUCAAGACCGAAUUGGGACCGGACCGGAUCAAGACCAAAUUGUAUCCAAUCCAAUCUUUAGUCCUUAUAUUUUCAAAACAACCGGACUGGACCGGAACAAUUUGGACCAAUUUAACCGGACCGUAUAGCCACCCCUACUUAAAGUUAACUCUUGAAACAGAUCUGAUGAACCAUGAAAUCAACAAGAUACAAUCAUUCAUCAUAUGAAUUUAGAUCUUCCAUUUGUGUUUACUGCACGUGAUUAAUGUAGUAGUACUCAACAUUCUGCUCUCUAAUUAUUCUUUUUGCCGGUGACAAGUUACAUUACAGUCUUGGUGGGAUGGGUAUGAGCAUGCCGCGGGAAGCACGCAUCAAUCUCACCCCAUUCCCCCUAAUGUUCGGCUUCGUCCGUACCCCACCUCAUACCAAAUAAAUACGAGAAUUCUCCAUGUUGGGUCAAGAAUAAUUAGAUAUCCACGGUGGCGAUUUUAAUUGUCAUCCCUAAACUGGGAACAUAUAAUUGCCAGCCAACAAUGAAUAAUUCGACUAAACUCCAUGAUCAAUGGUUUGACCGAUUGAACCGGUUGGAUGCAGGUUUCAGCUGGCUCCGGUUGCUCCUGAUGAUAACGAAGCUGCUUGUGGUGGAUGCAACCAUAGGACCAUGCUUGGCGUCUUCAAUAUGAUGGAUGUAUAGUUAAUUAGUAGUAAGCCGAGCAUGGCAUAUAUGCUGCUAGGCUAGCCCUGUUAAAUCAUCUGUUAAACCUAUGGGAACUAAAAUUGAAUAAUUCAGGUUCCCCAGUAGUGUUCAUGAUUUGAAAACCAAUAAUAAGCACAAGUUCUUGUAUAUGUGGAUGCCAUGAAUGUACUAAUGAAUUAAAUGGAGUAGU